AUGCGCGGUCAGGUGUUCUGCCGGGUGGGCGCCCGCACGCGGGCGACCGACUUGAUCGGCCCCGACGAGACCGUGGGCGAGCUUCGGGCGCGGAUACUGGGCGAUGCGUUCGCGGCGCUCCCCGGCGCCGACGACGUGCACCUGGUGCACGGAGGACGAUGGCUCCUGAACCCACGCGCGACGCUGGCGAGCGCGGGCGUUCGCGCGGGCGCCACGCUCGCGCUCACCCUCCGCGCGCUCCGCGGCGGAGGCGGCGACGGUGGCGCGACCGGCGCCGAAUCGCGCAGCGCGUACCUCGAGAUGUACGCGGACGGCGGCGGCAAGGGGUUCUCCACUAAGCGCGAGACCCUCGGCGGCUUCGUCCGCUACUCCACCCAGUCCACCGUUCGGGACAGGGACGAGCGCGAGGAAGAGCUCGCGCGCUGGUUCAACUGCGCAUUCACGGAGCAACCGCUCGAGACGGGCGACGGCGCAAUCGUCAUGGACAGGCUCGGGCGUCUGUACAACAAGGAAGGGGUGCUGAACGCGCUGAUGCUCAAGGCGACGGGGGGUGUGAAACUCCCGCAGAGGCUCGAGCACGUGACCGGCAUGAAGGCGCUGCUCACCCUGAAGCUCCACAGGAACGCGGGGGUGGGCGAUAAGGAGAAGAAAAAAGAGAGCGUCAACGCCGCCAACUGCAGGCUCGACGCCGAGGCAAAGUUCUCGUGUCCGGUGUCGGGUCUGGACUUCAACGGUAAGACCAAGUUCUUCGCGCUGUCACCCUCGGGUCUGGUUGUGAGCGAACGCGCGCUGCGUGACGCGAAGGACGCAGUCGCGGAUAUGCUCGGGGAAGGGGUCAAGUUGGAGGAACAGACCAGGAUACCGGUCAACCCCAAGGGUGAGGAGGCGGAAAAAUUGAAGGAGGCUCUGGACGAGGAGGCUGCGAAGAAGGCUGCGAAGAAGCGUAAGAAGGAUGCGAAGAAGAACGGCGGGGUGGAAGGGUCGCCCGAUGAGAAUAAGGAGGUUGAGCUCAUCCCGGGCACCGGGAUCAAAUCGAGCACCAAGCGGGAGUGGAACGGUUGCGACGAGCUGGGCAACGAGCAGCUCAAGGCGCAGGCAAAGCGUUGGCGCGCGGCAGACCACGCGCCCGACGGCGAUGAGAUCUCAAAGCAGGCGUACGCGUCCCUGUUCACGGGUACGAACGCUGAAUCGCGCGAGAAGGAGACGUUUCUCUCCCGCAACGCAAGGCGCGGUUGGUGAUGAUGCGAAUUCGCACUUCGUUAUUCCAGUCCUCACAUGUCGUC